AUGUCUCGUGGUGCUGGCUGUGCUAUGGUUCAUGAUUGGUUGCUCAAUAUGCAAAGGACUUUAUUUCAAGGCUCUGAACUGCCUAAGAUUGUGAACAUAUUAACUGGUUGGGGAAAACACAGCAAAGUGAUGGGUGAUGGAACUUUGAAAAGAGCUAUUGAAGCACUUCUUAACGGAAUGGGAUCGCCUUUUAGAUUCGCUGAGAAUAAUAUGGGAAGACUUACAUCUUCCGGAGAUUCGGUCGCCACAUGGCCGAGACAACCUGGCGUUAUCAAUAUGCUCGUUCUCUACGAUGUCCUUAAUCAUUCUCAACCUGCUGGUCCAUCACAUGGUUAUCCCACUUCUGCCUAUCAGAUUGAUAGAAGCUAUGUAGCACCGGUGUCCAUAACGAUUUGGCCGAGAACCUUCACCACAAAUGACGAGUCUUUGGCGAAAAUCAUGGUGCGCUAA